AUGAAUGAUGUUGUCGUGGCUCAACCCGCCGCCGCUGAUAAAAAUAAAUUGAUUAGGCAGUUGAUGCAGCAGAUUGCCGAAAUGAGGGUCGAAAUGCAAAAAAUGCAAGAUUUACCUAAUCCAAGAGAUGGAAGACCUCCACUCCACUUUCCUCCACCAAGCACGGAACAGAAGACUACUUUCCAAAUCCCAAUUCCAAAUAAACCUUAUGCCAACUGUUCCGAGCUUGAUCACUAUAAGGAACAGGAGAGAGAGUGGAGGUCAAAAGAAGAGGUAGUGAAGGUGAAUAUGAAAGAAGACAUCAGGAAAGCCAUGAAGGAUUUGCACUAUAUUUCCGAAGUCGAUGGAUUGAGCUAUAAGGAUUUAUGCAUCCAUCCGAAUCUCGACCUCCCAGAAGGGUUCAAAGUGCUAAAGUUUGUCACUUUUAAUGGAACAGGAAAUCCUCUAGCACAUAUGAAAGAUUAUUGUGAUCAACUCGUGGGAGUUGGCAAAAACGAAGCAUUAUUGAUGCGUCUCUUCGGUCGAAGUCUUAGUGGAGAAGCUCUGGAGUGGCUUACAUCACUGGAGCUGAAACAAUGGAAAAUUUGGAAUACACUCGCAAAAGAUUUCACGGAAAGAUUUGGACACAACGUAGAAGAUGCCCCAGAUCGCUACUACUUGGAGAAGAUCAAACAGAAGUCUACACAAAAUUAUCGAGAGUACGCUUUUCGUUGGAGAAAAGAGGCUGCAAGAGUUCAACCUCCAAUGUCCGAACGUGAGAUCACUGAAAUGUUCAUUCGUACUCAAGAGCCUGAGAAAUAUGAAAGAAUGUUGUGUCUGAUGGGACAAAAGUUUGUCGAGAUUGUCAAAGUGGGAGAAUCUUUGGAAGACGGUUUCAAGACUGGAAAGCUCACCAAAUUUACCGCAUUGCGAUCUAAUGGAAAAUCAACUAGAAGUAGUGAUAUGGAUAAAUCAAAAGGAAAAGUGGAGGAGGUAAGUAUGGUCACGGCUACCCGUAUGAGACCAGCUUCUCAAAGGAAAAAUCAAAACCAUAAUGUCAAUCAGGAAAAAUUUCCUCGCCCAAAAUUUAGGAAGGCUCCUAAAGUAUUUACACCAUUAAGGGAAUCUCAAACUCAACUUUAUGAAAGGUUGAAAGCAAUGGGUAUGCUCUAUCCUAUAGAAGGAAGACCAGCCAAUCCUUUGGGAAAAUUUUACAGAGCUGACCACAGAUGUGCUUACCAUUCAGGAGCUAUUGGACAUGACACAGAGAAUUGUUCAACUCUGAAGCACAAGAUACAAAACAUGAUCAACAACAACUUGAUCAAUAUUGAGGAAACCACCUGA